AUGCAGUCGUUCCUGUCGUUGCUGGGCAUGGGCAAGGCGGGGGAGCGCGCCCCGUCGGCGGUGGAGGAGGCUGCGGCGCUUCUGGCCUCGUGCCCGACCCAGGGUGGGGCAGACCUGGACAAGUGGGUCGAGGCCGUGGCACCCCACUUCAUGGCCCUCGUUCGGCCACCGCCCAAGAAGAAGGAGAGGGAAAAGGAAAAGGAGAAGAAGGCGAGUGACUCGCAGGGAGGAGGGACGCAUGGACUGGACCUGGUGUCGCUGCCGCGGGUGGCCGUGGCGCGCCUUCUCGCGAGCGACAAGCUGUGCGUAGAGAGCGAGUACCAGGCCUACCUCUUCGCCGCCGCCCACGCCGAACUGCACGCCUUCCACCGCUACCAGAGCGCGCAGGCAAGUGGCGGGAGCAGCAGCGGCAGCGGCGUCACGGACUUGCGUGGCUCGGACGCCCUCUACGGCCAAUUCUCGGCAGGAGCCCUCAAGCUUCUCUCCGGCCAGCGCACCGACACCAGCAGCCAGCACUCGGAGGCCGAGACGCACACGGACACCCACAACGACGACGAGGACGGCUCGGACGACGACGAGGGCGAGGGCAUCCACGGCGCCCACUAUGAGGAGGAGGAGGAGGAGGAGGACGGGUCCGAUACUGACACCUCGAGCAGCAGCAGCGUCGCCAGUCCGGGCAGGGCCGCCAAGAACCUCAACCUGCGCGGCACUGCCGGGCUGUACCAACACAUGAGCCUGGGCGCCCUCAAGUCGCGCGCAGAGGUGAAGGCGGUGGCGGCAGCAGCGCCGGAGGGCGACGAAAGCGACGCGCUGGUGGCCGAGUGGCUGGCCAAGGAACAGCAGGACAAGCUCGCCACAACCGAACAGCCGGCUGCGGAGAAGGAGGCGGAGGCGGAGAAGGAGGAGAAGGCGGAGAAGGAGGAGAGCGAGACGAAGGAAGCAAAGGAAGCCGAGGCGCAGGCCGACGACAAGGACAAGGACGCGGCGGCGGAGGAGGAGAAGCCCGCGAGGAAGAGGGGGACGACGCCAACGGGGCGGAAGGGCCGGACGGCGCGAACGGGCGGCAAGGCGGCCAGAAGGCAGGAGAGGCGGAGAGCCCGGCGGAAGCAGGCGGCGGGCAAGCGCGGAGCGAAGGGCGGCAACGAAUCGGACGACGACAACGGCGAAGACUUCUACGACGACCCCGAGCUGCGCCAGUUCCGGCAAACGGACGCGUGGCGGGCCUACAUGCGAGAAGCCAUGGCGGAUCUUGAGCCCCAUAUCCGCUUUCCGCUCAUCUCGCCCCACUGGCUGACCGUCGUGGAGACGCACAAGCUCGUUUCGCGGGACCUCCUCACCGAGGCCUAUCGGCACCAGGCCCUCAUGCAGGCCGGCGACACUUCCCUCUACACUCCUCCCAAGAACAAUUUGCGGAUGCAGCCGCGCAGCUAUGUGAACGCCAUGCAGUGGGAUACCGACCGCCACGGCCUCCACAUCAAGAUCAGCAACAACGGCAAGGUGGCGAAGAAGUUGCAGUCCCACUGGUUCUCCGUGGCCCUUGGCAAGGACGGCUACGAGUUAGGAAGACACUACUGGGCCAUCAAGGUCGGCGGCGACGAGACGUACAUUGGCAUUGCUACGGCCCAGCUCAACCAGCUGGACAAUUACUUAGCCGUCGACACCAGUUCGAUGUGCUACAAUCAGUACGGCAGCAUCUCAGGCACCUGCGCGACCACGGUGGCCUACUAUCUGCCGCCGUACAAGAGAGGCGAUGUCAUCGGAGUGCUGUUGGACAUGGACAAGAAGGAGCUCAGCUUCUACAAGAAUGGCGCUUCCCUCGGGCAGGCCUUCCGGUCCAUCCCCGCCGGCAAGUGGUAUCCAGCAGUUGGCUGGCGUGCGGGAAUGCAAACGCUGGUGAGCACAGGGCAGUCGUUCUGA